CUUAGUCACAGGACAGAUUUUGACACAUUUGGGGCGUAAUGGCUCUGGCUGUCGCGAGGCAAGCCGGCUACCGCGACAGCUCUCGCUCGCCUCGUCAGAAGGGCAUUGAAGAAGACGACGAGACAUCUGGGCCAGAUGGCCUUCCUGGCCCCAAGCCUGGUUUUACGGCCCAGAUGAGGCUGCAGAGGGAUUUUUUAGCUCAGUUUGCGAGGCCAGAACCGCCACCGUCAACUCAAAGGUCUGCUGUGCUCCGUGAGGCAGCAGCUGGCUUGCCAGUGGACGCGGCAGAGGUCCUCCUGCUGAGACCCGGGCCUGGCCCUGCCACACCGUGGGCAUCGGCUGGCUUGCCAGCUAGCCUGGCCUGUGUCGCAGCAACUCUUCGCCUUUUUGCCCGUCUCAUGCCUGGAAGUGUUCCAGAAUCAGCGUGUGAUGACUUUUGCAGAGCCGCCGCAAAGACAGCUGUCACGCGCAGCCCUGAGCUGAUGGAGCUGGCUGGGCGCUGUGGCCUGCGCGCACAGGCACUUGCAUCUCCGGUCGAGGCUUUGCAGGACAUGGUGAAGAACAAUCUUUGUACCUGUUGCGUGCUGCUCGAGUCCUACGUCGGGGUUCAGGAAGAUCCUGCGACCGGUGAGGAAAUGGAGGAUGAGGUUGGAUUUCAUUGCCUUCUUGUGGUCGGCGGCGACCUUUUAGGACCUACCUACGUCACGUUUGACCCGUGGGGUUGCCGCGCAGGGGAGGUGAGCUUUGUGUCAGACCACGCCAUGAACUCCUCAUCGCCGAUUGGAUUCGUGCAAUUGAUGGCGCCGUUUGAUGCUGGCUGUGGAUCUGCAUAACAAAAUUGGAGGGCGU